AUUACACACACUUUCCAUAUGCAUUCUUCCAAAAAAGCGAACAAAAAUCUACCACCAAAGUUUGGUCGCGUUGUAUAAAUACUGGAACGCAUGGUUCCGUGUUUGAAUUGCCAUAUGCAAAGGCAUUGAUCAGAGCUUAUCUUUUUUUACUUCAGAUCCUGGGCUUCCUCCUUCUGCUAAUUACCCUUCCUACCCUAUUAAUCUGAACUACCUACCACCAUGAUUCGAAGAGCUCUAUGCUUCCCCAGUUUCAUCAGGAAAUCGCUGCUUAUUCCACCCGUUAUUUCUCCUUAUUCUAAUUCUUCCUCCAAGAUCGGAGCUUACAAUGGGUAUGCAUCUCAGACGUCUUCUCUUGAAGUUCCGGACUCGGCACCUUACAGGGAAAAUGAUGAGUAUGCUGAUGUGGACUGGGAUAACCUUGGAUUUGGACUAAUGCCAACUGAUUACAUGUAUGUAAACAAAUGUGGUGCGGGGCAGCAUUUUGGACAUGGACAACUCAAUCCUUAUGGCAACAUUCACCUUAGCCCAUCAGCUGCUGUCUUAAAUUAUGGCCAGGGGUUAUUCGAAGGCACGAAAGCAUACAGAAAAGAGAACGGGCAGCUGCUUCUGUUCCGUCCAGAACAAAAUGCCAUUCGGAUGAAGAGUGGCGCACAAAGAAUGUGCAUGGAAGCCCCUUCCGUUGACCAAUUUGUCAACGCUUUGAAACAAACUGCUUUGGCUAAUAAGCGCUGGGUUCCUCCUCCGGGGAAAGGAUCGUUGUACCUUAGGCCUCUGCUUAUAGGAAGCGGUGCGGUUUUGGGUUUGGCUCCAGCACCUGAAUACACUUUCCUCAUAUAUGCUUCCCCUGUCCGCAACUAUUUCAAAGUCAUUCAUCAACUCUACUACUUCUUAGUUCUUACAAUUACUUCAAUAUUCCGAAUAAAAUUUUAUAUGUAUGUAUUAAUAUUGGUUGAGCAGGAGGGCUCUGCACCACUCAACUUGUACGUGGAGGAGAAUUUUGAUCGUGCUUCUCGCCGCGGCACCGGCAGCGUUAAAACCAUUUCUAAUUAUGCCCCUGUAUUGAUGGCGCAACUUAGAGCCAAGAAGAAUGGAUUUUCGGAUGUGUUGUAUCUGGACUCAGCCACCAAGAAGAAUCUAGAGGAGGUUUCUUCUUGUAACAUUUUUAUUGCCAAGGGAAGAUGCAUCUCAACACCUGGUACUAAUGGAACCAUUCUUGCUGGAAUCACGAGAAAAAGCGUCAUUGAACUUGCCCGUGAUCACGGCUAUGAGGUACAAGAGCGUGCUGUAGCUGUGGAUGAAUUAAUGGAGGCUGAUGAGGUUUUCUGCACGGGAACUGCUGUUGGUGUUGCUCCAGUCGGAGCCAUCACAUACCAAAAUACAAGGAUGGAAUAUAAAACGGGCUCUGGAACUAUUUGUCAAGAGCUGUAUAAUACCCUUUUGGGAAUUCAAACGGGUGCUAUUGAAGAUAAGAAGGGAUGGAUCAUUGAAAUUGGGUGAAUUCUUUUUGCUUUAAUAAUUUACCAAUUUGUCAUUAAACAAAUCUAUUACUAUUGUGAUAAUCAUGAUGUUCAUAAUCAAGAAGUGUGUAUUAUG